AUGGGCGCCUCCGCACCGCAUCCCUCCCAGCGACGCUUCUCCUGUGACGUCUGCAGGAAGAGCAAAUCGCGAUGUCAGCGAAUACGACCCACUGAUGAGAAAUGUGCGCGAUGUUCCAUGCUGGGAGUCAAGUGCGAGAUAGGGCAGCAGAAAGUCCCGGGGCGGCCACGACGAAAACAAGCUGGGAAAGGCUCACCACCGACUGUUCAGCAACUACCUAUCAGUACACCGGAUCGAUCAGUCUCUCCCAAUACUCUGUCACAAAACGCUACUUUUAUCGAUGAUUGGAGCCCAUUCGACUGGACGGGCAUGUUGUCCCCAAAACCGUCCCCUCCUCAGGUGCCUACCACCGCGAUACAAGAUGAAAUGGCAGCAUCGUGGGGUAUGGGAUUCACAGACAUCUUCGAUCAGUCACAGACCUCGUGGAACACAGGCGGCGAUCUCGAAUACACGAAUACUCCAUUAUACACCGAUCUAGACACGAUCACGAACCUAUACCCAAUCGGCAUGUCUCCAAACUCCACCAUUACAUACGACACCUUCUUCCCCCUGACCAACUGCCUGACGACGCAUCACCCGCGAAAGACGGACCCUGGAGAGUUCAUGUCCGAUCUCUCGGCGAUGAACCUCGGUUUGCACAUCCGUCUUGAAGCAAUGAAGAAGAACAAAGCGUCGCUCAACUUUGACAUAAUGAUCUAUCAACACAGCCCGUUAUUCAUCGACAACACCACCUUGGCAGAAUAUAUCAUCAAAGUUGCUCAGGAGUUUUUGUUCAUCUUGACAAGACUCUACAAUACUCGGUAUUGCCCUGAGCUAUUGCGUGAUUCACAGCCGAUGGAGUUAAUAUGCCCAUAUUAUCUAUCAUCCGAACUUCGAAAGCAGUCAAGGAACCUAUUUCACGUCUCCCUUCCCCAACCAACUACUACUUCAGAGCCAUUACCUACCCCCAUUGCCUUGAUGAUCACAAGUAUUUUCAUCCAGCUCAUCACCAUCUACGAACUUAUCCUCGACAAUAUCGCUACACGAGUCGAGCGAAUCGCCAUCGAUCCGAUAGAGCCCGUCCCAGGUCUUAUAGUCUGCGGUCGACCUCUCGAGAGACCUUGCACUCAGGGUAUGAUCUUUUGCGAAAUAUCAGUGAGCCUGAUCGAGAAUAUCGAGCGUGUGUUGGGUGUUGUAAGAGGACCAGAUGGCAAGGAAGUCGGCUUGUUGUCGCCAAGGCAGGUCGAGGUUCUUGGGAAUGAGUUGGAUGAAAGACGUCGGGUCAUUCCUGAUCAUGCUAUGAUGACGCCUGCCACGUUGCGGAAGCUCUUCGGGAAGGUUGCAGAUAUCUUUAGAAGUAUCAGAGUGUAG